GAAUAAUCAGGAUUCCACCUAUUCUUCCUGGAAUUCGUCCAGAACCGUCAUAUAAACCAAUCUUCAUUUCCCGCGCUAUCAUUUCGGUUCCCCCCGUUUCUCCUGCUGUUAAAAGAGUCAAGAACGCUUUCCUUUUUCAUCGGCUCCCAGCAAAGCGCCCCACAACCCAGAUCGAGGAGCUAGCACUAUCUUCAACCGAGAGAAAAGGAAACAAAAGCACAAAUAGGGUGGGGAAUAUAUCGAAAUUGAGAAAACCCUAGCUCGUUAAAGAGUGAAUAUGGUUUUUGUUAGAAUGUCAGAGGAUAUAAAUAUACAUGACUCUGACUUUGGAAUUCAGUAUGGCAUCUACAUGAAUUCUACACAGACUGCUAUAGAGCAAAGUGUAAUGGAAGAAAAUAAAUCUGAAACACUUGAAUUAGUUCAUUGCAGAGAAGUCACUUUCAAUUGCUGUGAUGAAUUUGAUUGUCAAAAAACAGAAUCCAAGCUGUUGGGGCAGAGCAUGGUAGAAGAAUUUGGAUUAGAAGGUGAAGUAUCUCCUGGCUAUAUGUCUGUAGAUUCCAAUCAAGACCAGAAGAGACCAGAUGUCCACGAUUGCAAAGAAAAUGCUAAAAUGGAGGUCAUGGAAUUUCCUUCUGUCAAUGAAGUUACUGGUUCCGCAGUGAAAUCUUCAGCAGAGCCUCUUAAAGAGAUUCAAGAUUGGAGUCAAAAUCCCCAAAUUCAGGACCAUGUGGGGACUAGUCAUACAAUUGAGGCUUCUACUGGAGAUAUCCUCAAAGAUCCCAACAUUGAUCAAAAUAAUCUUCCAUUAAAACAUUGUGGGAUGAGUUCCAACCAUACUAUAACAUUGCCAUCUGAAAACAAGGACACCAUUCCUCAAGUUGACAAUUCAGUAGACCCACCAAGUGACAUGCUUGACAAUCAUGAUUUAAAACAGUUAAAAGAAACUCAUCUAGAAGAAAAUCCUAGCCAACCUUUGGAGCAGAUGACUGAAGAUAAUAAGAAAGUAGUUGGAACACCUGGGGACACAUCUGAAAAUGCUUUUCAAGAAUUUAGAGAAAUGCAUACAAAUUCAAAUGAAAAUCCUAGCCCGUUAGGAUGUCUUGAUAAAAGUCAUACCGGGCAAUCAAGGAAGAGGAAGUCUGCUUUGAGAUCACCGAUACGCAGCACUCGAGUACUGCGCUCGAGAACACAGGAGCCUAAAUCUGUAGAGACAAUUAAUGCUUCAGCAGUUGAUACUUCUAACAAAGAAAAGAAAACAAAAAAGGGGAAACGGAAACAGAGAAAAGAGAUUGCUGCGAAUGAAUUCACAGGGAUCAGAGCUCAUCUAAAAUAUAUACUGGGGCGAAUAAAAUAUGAACAAAGUUUAAUUGAUGCUUACUCUGGUGAAGGCUGGAAAGGUCAAAGCAUGGAGAAAUUAAAGCCCGAGAAGGAGCUUCAACGCGCAAAAUCUGGGAUUUUUCAUUACAAACUGAAAAUAAGAGACUUGUUUUCACGCAUUGAUGCAUCACUUUCUCAGGGGAAGUUCCCUGAAUCUUUGUUCGACUCUGAGGGGCAGAUUGACAGUGAAGAUAUAUUCUGUGCGAAGUGUAGUUCUAUUGAUUUGACAGCUGACAAUGAUAUUAUCCUCUGUGAUGGUGCUUGUGAGCGUGGAUUUCACCAGAUGUGUUUAGAUCCACCUUUGCUGAAAGAAGACAUUCCACCAGAUGAUGAGGGUUGGCUAUGUCCUGGAUGUGACUGCAAAGUUGAUUGUGUUGACUUGCUUAAUGAUCUGCUGGGAACUGAUCUUUCUAUAACUGACAGUUGGGAGAAGGUCUUUCUGGAGGAAGCUACUGCGGCUGCAUCUGGAAAACAGUUAGAUGAAAUCUAUGGAUUACCCUCAGAUGAUUCUGAGGAUGAUGACUAUCACCCUGAUAAUCCGGAAGUAGAUGAGAAUGUUUCACAAGAUCAUAAAUCAAAAUCUGAUGACGAAAGUGAUUCGUCUGACACAUCGUUUGAACUGGAAACCCCUAAUGAUGAACUGCUACUGGGGCUUCCUUCUGAAGAUUCAGAAGAUGAUGAUUAUGAACCUGAUGCUCCUGAAGGCAACAGUGAACAGGUCAUGCAUGAUUGUUCAAGUUCUGAUUUUACCUCUGACUCUGAGGAUUUUGGUGUAGCAUUAGAAAACAACACAUCAUCUAGCCAAGAAGACCAAAGCAAAAGAAAUAAAUUAGGUGGAGGUACUCGAUCUUUGAAGUGUGAAGUGGAUUUCCUUUUGCAAUCCGAUGAUGCCCUUGCAUCUGGGAAAAGGCAUGUGGAGAGGCUAGAUUACAAAAAGUUGCAUGAUGAAGCAUAUGGAAUGUCCUCUUCUGACUCAAGCGAUGAAGAUUAUCAAGAUAGCCCAGCUUUGAAAUGCAGAAAGCAAAGAACUGACAAAGCUACUCUGAAGGAAUCUGAUCAAACUUCAGUAGAUGCUGCAGUCAAAAAUGCUAAUAGAUCAUCUAGCAUGAAACUCAAGGAUGAAAGUUUGGUGGCAUCUGAAUGUGGAUCAAGUAGUAAAAAAAACACUAAUCAAAGAUAUGGAGAAGCCGUAAUUAAGAGACUCUCUGAAUCCUUCGAGGAAAAUCACUAUCCAACACGAGAAGAAAAGGAAAGCUUAGCUAGAGAAUCAAGACUGACGUACCAGCAGGUAGAUAAAUGGUUUGUCAAUGCACGCUGGUUCUAUCGCAAUCCUAAAUCACACACAAAAAAGGCCACACCUGCUGCUGAGGAUCGCCUUGAUAUAGGUGCCGAAGAAUUGCAGGAGACUGACGGUGAGAAGCAUAUUACCAACCCAGAGUCCAAACCUAAAUCUGAUACUGCUGAUCACCAGGCAUCUGAUCAAAGUUCAAGUAUUCAAAAACCAAUGAAGAAUAAAACCCAAGUUGAUAUGAAGAAAAACUCCCAGCCAGGACGAAGAAGCAACCGAUUAAAAUCUUAACAGAAACUUGUGAUAUGCCUAUGAUGGAGUAUAUGGGUCCAGGCCCCAGGACCCACAUACUUAGAAGAACAGAAGGCACAGCCGUCACCUAGUAGCCCCCCCGUUGGCCAGAGGACCUCCAUCGGCCAGGAAGACAUCAACCCGGAAUAUGGUCCAGAAGCUAGGAGAACCGGGUGCCCCCCGUCAGCCAUGCCUCCGUCGAUCGCGCCCUCGUCGGCCACAGAGAACUCACAGAACAGGAUUUCAUACUUAGUCAUCUCUACAUAUCUUGUAUUCGGCCCAGUAGCGGUCCAGUUGUAGAUGGGCUUCCCAAGCCCUAGUCUUGGGAGCCCACCCCACAUUUUCCCUAUAAAUACUCCCUCUGGGAGUAGUUGUAGGGUUGACAAAAUCAUUAAUUGAAACAUUUAUUGCACUUCUCUCUAAA